AUGGGUGCAUAUAUAAUUUCAUCUAAAGGAAUUCGAUUAACAACAAUUCGUAAAUGUAAAACAAUGAUUAAACUUCAUUUUCAUUUACAAAUAAAUGAAUCAAAUUUUUUAACAGUACCAUUAAUUCAUGAGCCAAUUCUUAAAUGUCCAUGGUUUUAUGCUAUUAAAUGUGAUUUUGUUGGUUAUUUUGCUACAACAAUAUAUCACAAACAAUUAAAUCAAUUCUUGAUAAAAAUGAAAAAUUAUCAAUUAUUACCCAAAGCAUAUAUAUCACGAAUGGAUAAGCCUGCAUUAAAAAUGCCAGUUGUACUGCAUGAUGCACGCAUCAUGCAAAAUAAACCACGCAAGCAUUAUCUUGCUGUUUGCUUGCAACCAAUUUUUUUAUUAGCUGAUUGGACAUUAUUGGUGCAAUUUUUUGAGAUUUGGAUUGCUCAAGGUGUCACCAAAUUUUGUGUCUAUGUACAAUCGAUGACACCUGAAGUUGAUGCAUUGUUACGUAUUUAUGAACAUUCAAAAGAUGUUGAAAUUGAGAGAAUUAAUUGGGCACCAUUACCAACAGACAAUAAUAAUGCUAACACUUAUGAAAGUGAUCCAAAUUUACGAGUUUAUAGGGCUGAGGUAGCAACUUCAAUCAACGAUUGUCUUUUACGAAUUCGUGGUCAUGCAAAAUAUGUGAUUUCGUCCGAUUUAGAUGAAAUUAUGAUAAAUUAUAAAGAAUCAUCAUUGCUUCAAUUAUUUGACAAUUUACAUGCAAAAUUUCAAAAUUCAGCAGCAUUUAUCAUUCGAAGUAGUUUUGCGCUUUUUGAGAAUCAUUGGGCUAAUAUUUCCAAGCCAACAGAUAUUGAUUUCAGUGUUUUUACAAAUAUUUCAUUGGAAAAUUAUAUUUGGCCGGCUGGUUUUCGAAGUAAAGUAGUCAUGAUUCCGGAAUACAUUUACAGUACACAUGUACAUCAGGUAUUACAACCAGAACCUGGAAAACUUGUAACAGUUGUACCACCUGAAACUGCACUUGUUUUUCAUCUAAGGCGAGUGAUGAGAGAUAAGUUGUGGUCAUCAAAUAAAACAGUGAAAACUAAUGCACUUACUCGAUUUAUUGAUCCAUGUAAUAAAUCAUGGAAAAAUCGAUUGAAAAUGAUCAAAGAAAUUCCUGAAGCUAAAAUAUUGCAUGGAAAGAAAUGGCCUCAAAGAGGAAGCCAGGUAAUGGAAGAAUUAGAAGCAUGUCGAGAGCAACUUGAUUCUAUUCGAAAUGACACCUGUCAUUCGCCAUAUCGUUGUAUGUCCAAAAUUACCUCCGUUAAAACAAAUGAAUGGAUCAUUGCACAACAAAGUUGGACUGUCUUAUAA